AGUGUUCUCAUCAUAUGUCUGCUACAGUAGCACCACAGCUGAAUACAUCUGAUGAACUUAUCGAGGCAGGCUUCUUCCCGACGGUUCCGAUUGCUUAUACGGACAAGGACGCGAUCCUAUACGCAUUGGGAGUGGGCGCUACUGAGAGGAAAUACGUCUAUGAGAAGCAUUCUGACUUUGCGGUUUUGCCAACACUCAUUUUUGCGACGACAUUCAAGGGGGCAGAGUCGGCUAGGACGCUACCCUUCCCACCGCCUCAAUUGCUUAUGGACUUGGACGUCUUCAAAGGGAAGGUGAUAGUCGAUGCUGAGCGCAGCAUGGAGGUGCUCCGAGGGCCGUUGCCAGUGAGCGUCUCAUUGGAUGACCAGUGGGUGAUGAAGACUAGGUUCACAGCAGUGACCCCCAAGAAGGCUGGGCUCCUCGUGGAAACCGAAACUGUCAUUGUGGAUGAGCUCGCGGGUGAUGAAGUCAUGCGACUGACCAACUCGGUGUUCUUUCUGGGCAAGUCCGACUUGAUUCCAGCUGGGGUGCCUACUACGACCAAGAUUACCGUUCCUGAGCGGUCACCAGACUACACUAGGGUCGAACAUACGAGCCCUCACCAAGCAGAUCUGUACAGGCUCAGUGGCGACUACAACCCUCUGCAUGUCGAUCCUGUAGCCGCUCAGUCCUAUGGUUUCGACCAACCCAUCUUGCACGGGCUCUGCACACUGGGCUUUGCGGCUAGGCAUGUCAUCGACGCCUGUUUGGAAGGCGAUGAAAAGCGUCUCCGCAGUUUCCGCUGCCGUUUCACCAAGCCGGUCAUACCGGGGGACCGUCUCAGGACUGAGAUCUGGAAGGAGUCUGAUGGUCGCGGAGUUUUGUUCAGGACUUGGGCGGAGCGAUGCACGGAAGGAAAGACUACUCCUGCUGAGCCUGUUGUAGUCCUAGAUAGUGGAGUAGCGCAGUUUUUCGAAUAGUGUCCUCGGGCACGCUUUGACUCAUCCUCGAGAUUUUUCUCAACUGU